AUGGCGGAUCGACAGGUAACCCAACAGAAUAUCCUUAGCCUGCUGGGCAAGCUGAACGACCCUGAUGCCGAUUUGCGAUACAUGUCCUUGAAUGAUCUCUUCGGCAUUCUGAGCAGCCCUCAAUCAUCUUUUAUAACAAAUGACCACCGCUCCUCACAAGGUCUUGCCGAUGGUCUUCUGAAGGCGCUGGAUGAUCAACAUGGCGAUGUUCAGAAUCAAGCGUUGAAAUGCCUGGGUCCGCUAGCUAUUCGACUGCCAUUUGAAUUGCUUACACCGCUUCUUGAGAAGCUAACCAACUUGACCGCGUCCCAAACUAUUGAUACCUCCGUCCCAAACACCGCUCUGCGCACUAUCGUGGAUACACUUCCAAGACCCCAAGCCGGCCAGCCCGCGCCCCAAAACGUCGUUACUGCAUACUCGGCCGUUUCAAAGGUCCUCAUACCCCGCUUGACGGGCUCAACCCAGUCAGCUUCAGGUCGAAGGGGCUCUUUUGUACGGGGAAUGUUGGAGAAAGAUCCAUCCAAAGGAUUCAGCAGCGAUGCGAUCGACGUGCUCAUCAAGGUCGUGACAUGUUUUGGUCCUCUCCUUAAGGAAUCUGAACUGGCGGCAUUACAAGAGCCGGUCAUGGCGAUUAUUGAUAAUGACACAGCGGGGACUGUUGUGACGAAACGCGCUUUGACGGCCAUCUCAGCGCUAGUGCUAUAUUUCUCCGAUAACCAGCUCAACACAUUUGUUAAUCGGCUGACACAAACCCUAUCCUCUCAAUCCAUUACUAUUAUACACCGUCGUCACCUCAUUGCUGCGAUCGGCACAAUUGCUCGCACUGCCCCAGCGAAAUUCGGACCACACCUGCAUAGCUUAGCACCUUUUGUUUUUGCAGCAGCAGGAGAGGGUGAUCUCGCAAAGGUCAACUGA